CUUCCAGGUUGCGUGCUGUUCUCCACCAAGCGUGGUCCUCGGCGCUCACGAGCUCGAGUCGAGGGCGGCAAACGCGUGUGUUCAGGUAUAUACGUGCGCCGAUUAUCGAAGUCGACGAAUUCGUCACUGAGAGUCAACUCAGGUUCUUCAAGCUCGAGGAAUAAACGAGUCGAGACGAUUCUCCGAAAAUGCGAGAAGCACGCGAUGCGUGCGAUCGACAGGUGACACGUUCCCGCUAAAACCGGCGAAAGAGUUUUACGUGUUCCGCUCGGUCCACGAAAAUUGAAGCGCGCGUAUUCUGGACAACAGCGAUGGAUCAUCAACGAGUGUGUCGGUGAGCGAAGGGAUUUUUUUUCGGCGCGAUCGAUACUACGCGGAAUCGUCGUGCGUGAUCCGAGUGUGGAAUUCGAUGGGAUUGCUAUCGGCAUCGUAGUGGUUAGAAAGGUGAGGCCAGGAAGUGCUCGGUCGAUUUAGCCGUUUGAUAAUCGAAAGAUCAAGUUCCUUCUUCCUCCGCGUGCGAAACUCAUCGUUCGUUUUGCAUCGAUCGAAGCCAGAAGUCUCUUGGAUUCGUGUUGAAAGAAGAGAAAUGUGUUGAAGAAGAUUCUGUCGCGAGUCGGCUCCGUUAUUGUGUUAGACUACAAAAGUGGGAAAAUCUCUCCCUUCAGCUCCGAAUCUCGUAAUCGGAUUUUGAUGAGAGGCGCUUUUCUGAUAGAUCAUCCUCAUCCGAAGAAACCGCCGAGCGAACUUCUUCACGGCACGUCGGAAUAAUCGCAGCAGGGAUCCGCGAGAAUACCCGAGAAGAAUUCCAAAUACCUCUUCGUUUCACUCUUCGCAUUUGCAUUCAUACCGGAGUUUCACGGAACGACGCGCGUUCGAUCGCGAUCCGAUUUCGCAACCGGUGAAGGGGAUCAGGAUCGAGAUUAUCAUCCUCGUCCCUGUCAUUGCUGAGAGGAGAGAGGAGAAACCCUGCAGACCCGUUCGAGGCUAGCUGCCGAGCUGCCGCGGCUCGAGAGGAUCCACGAGGAAUUCUCCACGGACUCCAGGACGAUCGCCAGACGGCGAGCCACUGGUGCGUCCGCGAUGGAGGACGAGCUGCGAUGUCCCAGCUGUAAGGAGCUGUUCGUGGAGCCGGUGUUGUUACCCUGCUGGCACGCGUUGUGCUUAGCCUGCGCGGUUAAUCUGCAGGCGCCUCCGGACUCGCCUCCGGAAUCCACCGCCGACUCGUCGAACGCGCCCGGCUCGGACCAGGAGGCCGACAAACUGUCGAUCCUGUCCGAGACCGAUUCCGGGGUCGUCUGCAGCAGCACGUCGACGAGCUCGCGACCGGGCAGCUACGUCGGCACCCCGGGCAACGGCGGCGGCUUUCCGCCGUCCGGCGGCACCCUCUGUCUCUCGUGCCCCGUCUGCCAGAAGACCGUCUACUUCGACGAGGGCGGCGCCCACAAUCUGCCCAAGUAUUGGGCGAUGCAACACAUCGUCGAGAAGUAUCAGGAAUCGCGGAACUCGCGGCUGCAGUGCCAGAUGUGCGAGGGAGAACCGCGCGACGCGACCGUCGCGUGCGAGCAGUGCGAGGUUUUAUAUUGCGACGCCUGCAGAGAGUCCUGCCAUCCGAAGAGGGGCCCACUGGCGACCCACAAUCUGGGACCACCGAGAGGCAGCUGGCAAUCGAACGGAGGCAAGGGAUCCCGGCCCGAGAGCACGCCUGUCUGCAACGAUCACAACGGCGAAGCGGUGACUCUCUAUUGCGCCCUUUGCAAAAUCGCGAUAUGCGCCCUGUGUCUUCGUGAUCGCCAUGCCGCGCAUCCUCACGACGUUCUGCCGUUGGCCGCAGCCUGCAAGGCGCAAAAGACGGAGCUGUCGCAGAAUUUGCAGCAGCUGUCGGAGAGAGCCCGCUCGACGACGGAGUUCAUUCAAAGGCUCAAAGGAAUGACGGACAAAGUGCAUGAGGAAUGCGUGGCGCUCGAGAGUGAGGUCGAGGAUCGGGUGGCGAACCUGGUGAGUCUCCUGCAAGCGAGGAAGUCCCGACUGAUCGAGGCCGCUCGACAGACCCGCGAGGCCAGAGUGCGCUCGUUGCGCGACCAGGUUACCAGAUGCGCGACGCAUCUGCAGACGACUACAGCGCUCCUUACCUUCUGCAUCGAGGCGCUGAAGGAGACGGACAGCGCGGCCUUCCUGCAGAUCGGCGGCAUGCUAUGUAAGGCGGCGACCGCCGCCGGCUCCUGGGGUGGCGCCGAGGGCGUUCAGGAGAUCGCUCGUCUGCCGCUGCUGGAUCUCACCCUGGACGACAAGCCGCUGCGCCGCGCCAUCGAUCAGAUGACCUUCGUCCAGCUGAAACCGUCAGAAGGGGAGGAACGAUUUCCGACAGCAGCACCCGGAGCGCCUUUACUGAUCCCCGAAGAGUGCAGCGCCGAGAACAACAGCGUCACCGUUGCCUGGCAGCCGCCACCUGGGCACGGGAUUAUAGGUUGCGCCGGGCAAAGAGGCCCAGCUAUCGAGGGAUACCUCUUGGAGUUGGACGACGGCUGCGGCGGGGAGUUCAGGGAGGUGUACUGCGGCCGCGAGACUAUCUGCACGGUGGACGGGCUGCACUUCAAUUCGCUCUAUAACGCCAGGGUGCGGGCCUUUAACAGCGCCGGCGAGGGCGAGUACUCGGAACUGAUCGGCCUUCAGACCGCGGAGGUGGCGUGGUUUUCGUGGGCCACCGGAGCGGCCGGCAUACCACAGGAGGUGUCCAUAUCGGAGGACGCGAUGAGCGCGUCCUGCGAGGGCUACGAGCACCGCGUCGUUCUCUCGAGUGUCGGCUUCUCGCGAGGCGUCCACUACUGGGAGCUGACUAUCGAUCGAUAUCACAGUGACACCGAUCCGGCCUUCGGUAUCGCUCGGGCCGACGUGUCGCGCGAUCAGAUGCUAGGUAAGGACGACAAGGGCUGGAGCAUGUACAUAGAUCGGCAACGGUCGUGGUUCAUGCACGGAGGCGGUCACGCACAGCGCACCGAGGGUGGCGUCCAGCAGGGUUCGACCGUCGGCGUCCUCCUCGACCUUGACACCACGCACACCCUGCGCUUCUUCGUCAACGAUCAGCCGCAGGGCGGUGUCGCCUUCCGCGACCUCUACGGCGUCUUCUAUCCGGCGAUAAGCCUUAAUCGCGGCGUCACCGUCACUCUCCACACCGCUCUGGACGUGCCGCGUCAUCUGCUCGCGCUCCACGAGGAGUACGUCAGCGAUAUGGUUCAGAGCUAGGGGUAUCUCAACGUCCUGAAGAAAGGCCUGCCGCAGGAGAUCGGCUCGCCCUUAGGCUCGAUCGUCUGCACCGGCGACAGGUGCAGGGACUUCGAAUCGGGCCAGCUGCUGGAGAAGAUCGUCGAGGAGAGCCCGGUCGACGUUAAUUGAUGAAGCGGAUAGAAGCUCAUGAAUGCCUAAUGUGUGAAAGAAAAAUCGUACUCGUAAGUAGUCUCGGUUUUCUAUCAUCUAUCGCUCUCGGUUCGAUGCACUCGAAAUCGCUCCGAGAUAUAUCGUCUCCGCGACGUCGACGUGGACCAUGAUGACUCUUUUUUUUUCGCCGAAAUUGCGCGGCGAAAAUCAUGCGAGACUGCGGUUUGAUUUUCUCGAGGACUCGGGACACACGCGAUAUUCCCUCCGAAUACUUUGCGAUACUUUUGCAAUUAUUCGAAAAUGUAUUUUGCGAGUACAGCGAGUACAUUUUAUGUCAUAUCCGAUUUAUUAGAAGUAAGGGUUUUUGAUCUUUUAUGUGUAUGAUUCAGAAAUGUAUAUUGUCUCUGAGGAGCGUUAAUCCGAGUGAAAUUCGGAUCCUCGCUUCUUGCCUGAAUAAACGGGAUCCACGAGAAAUGACAAUUCAACAGGUUUAUAUAGAAACUUUGGCGAGGAAAUUUCGACGAAAGGGACGUACACCGUGAAACUUUUCGGAUCCGGCUUGUUCGAAAAAUUGAAACUUAGAAUCGAAAUUCCAGUUGAAAUCGAGAUUACAUUUUCCCAUCCUAUAUAAAGAUAAUUAUCUUAACCGUAAUUGAUUAGUCUUUCUUUCCUCAGUUCGCUCAAAAGCUCAAUGCUCGCGCUCUUUUAGCAUCAAAAGUAAGUUCUCGAUCUGAAUUCCGUGCCGAUUUUACAAUUCAAUUUUUUCUUUGUAAAAUGAAAUUAUUUAUAAGAGAUAUAAAAUUUUAUAAAAAUGUUCUUUUGCGUUAUACGAUGAUCACGCGAGGUUUUCACCUCGAAAGAACGAUGAGUUCCUCGAGAGGGAUUAGCAAGAUGAUUCGACGCUGUAUGAAGGUAUAGGUGAUGAAAGAGUUGAUUACACGAUCGAUAAAAACUGCGACGAGCGAACAUUGAGCGAUCGUCGAGUUUCUUUACCGGUUACUUGAUGCAAACUGCGGAGAAGACUACUCGACGUCCUUCUCGAUGCCUUCUGUCGGCCCUUCGAGAUACUCUUCGCGCACCCCAAAGUCUCGACUUUACUCCCCGAAGUAAGAAGUUCCAAGAGAAUCGUCGCGUUUCGAGAGACGAGUGAUACUCACGUUUCUUCCUCCAUCGGCGAAUUUCGCAAAGAGAGUUUCCUUUCACUUAUUCGGGGUGUCUCUUCGGUUCUCUCGACGCGAUCUCUCGAACCCGACCGAUUGAUCGCUUCUACUCAAACACGGCCCUCGACAAAGUUUACCGGCGACGAUACUUGGCUAUUUGCUAAUGGACGUUUCCUUGCUACCAAGGGUCAAUUCUUGCAGUUUCCGGUUAAGUAUCAGGUAAUUUCUCCGACCAAUACAUACCUUCCUAGAUUGUAGGGUCGGAGAGUCAACGAGUUAGGUGAUCGAUCGCAGAAGUGCGUCGUCGAGUUCUCGUCGAGGUUACUUCCGACUCGAACGUGAAAUGUAUUCGGGAAACGUAUAGGAAAAAUAUUUUCUUCGCUUCGCUUUUAUACAUAUAGCGCGCGAUAUAAAUAGAAAGUGUACUGAUCUUCGAGCUGGGAGCUUCAUCUCGGUUCUCUCAAUUUCCUGACGAGAGAUGUUAUUUAUAGAUUGCGUGACGUGUGCGCAAAUUACCUCAUUAAGUCUGGAAAACAAAGUUUCUCACUCUCUGUGAUUUUAGAGUGAUUUUAUACCGCGUCUUGUAUAUUUUAAAUAUCCGCGUGUCGAUUGAAAUAUCAUCCCGAUAGUCGCUGGUUUAGCGCGAUUAUUGAUCGCACGAACGAAACCAGGAGUUUCGAGUCUAAGUUUCAGUUUCUCGAACAAGCCGGAUCCAAAAAGCUUCACGGUAUGCGUUCUCCCUCGCCGAAAUCUCGCCAAAGUUUCUAUAAACCUGUUGAAUUGUCAUUUCUCGCGGAGCCCCCGUUUAUAUUCAGACAAGAGUGGCGCGAGACGAAUUUCCUAGGGAAUUCCCAAGGAAUACGGUUCCUCGUCCUGUUCGCGCGAUCGAUACACAAAAAGAUCGCUCGAUCGCAGCACCCAUUAUCCAUAUCGAACGCACACAAGUAUAAGUAUAAUCGCGUUUUGUAGGCGUUAAGCUCCACUAAAAGCGUAAAUAGAUAGGUAAGGCGUUAAUAAAGCACAAUGCUGCCGCGGCUUUAGUGUACAAUAACAUACGAAUCGAGUAUACGUUUUCUAGUCUUCGAUAGAAAGACCCCACUUUGAUCGACAUUUCUCUCCCUUCUGUUUGUUCACCCUUAUUCCGUCGUCCUUCCUCCAAUUCGUCUCCAAUUUCGCGCUGGUCCUUUUUUUACGACUUUGUAUCUCAUCGACGGUCAGAAGCACUGAACGCGCUCGAUUUUCUCGUUAUAUCCCCGAUGUAACGAUAACCCGGAAGCGAUUAUUCCGCGCCGGGCAUUGCGUUCGCUGCUGCGCGCGCGCCUAUUGGCGCCAUGUGUACAUAAGUGUAUAUAUUAUAUAUGACUAUAUCGAUUGUACCGCCGAUUGAAUUUGCCGAUUGUACCAUUUACGACUAUAUCGGAUCAAUAAAACGCAACGAAAACGCC